AUGGAGGCAGUGCUGAUGUACUGCGUAACUGUGUGGUUUGCUGCCUGCUCUGCUGCAGAUGGGAAGGCACUGCAGAGGGUGACCAUGACAGUGGUGAAGAUUAUCGGCCGCUCUCUACCCUCCCUCGAGGACAUUGCUCGAUCUUGCUGCCUCGGCAGGGCAAAUAAAAUCUUGGCAGACAGCUCUCACCCUGGUCAGCACUUGUUUAACCUGCCGCCAACAGGGGAGAGAUUUCGGUCUGCUACCAAGCUACUUAAAGAAAAUACAUGUGAGGUGACAGUUGUCAGUAAAGUGUCGGCUCAUCUUGAAUCUGAAAAUGUAAACAUGGACAUGGACAACAAUGAGGACGUGAAUGCACGAAUCAAAGUUUCUGUGGAAAACAACCAUCUGCACGAGCAACAUACGCAGCUCAUAGAUCAGAUGUCUCAGCUUAAACAGCAGAAAAACAACAUGGAGACAGUAAUUACAGACUUAAGAAGACAAGUUAAAGAAACCAAACAAAAUGAGGAAGCAGUAAAUCAACAGAAUGUUUUCCUUAAAGACAAAUUGGCUCAGCUUAAAUCACAGAGUUUCAAGAUGGAGACUGACGGCGGAGACAAAAGGACAGUGAUGAAUUUUCUUCCAGAAAACAUGAGUCAACAAGAUGAUCAAAUUAAGUUUCUCACUGAUGAGCUAGCUCGCCUUAAAUCUCAGAUAGUAAAGAUGGAGAUGGAGAAUGACGACUUGAGUGGACAAAUAUUCAAUCUGCAAGAAAACAAGGACCAACAAGAUGAUAAAAUUAAGUAUUUGAAUGAUCGGCUGGCUGUUCUUCAGUCUCGUAAUGCCGACAUGGAGACACAAUGUGCUAACUUCAAAGCACAAGUUCAAUUUUAUGAAGAAAAAGAGAAAACUAUGAUUAAUCACAAAAGUGUCCUUAAACGUGAGGUGGGUAAAAAUGAGUCAACUGACAAUGAGGAUUUAGGUUCAGAUGCUGAAUUCUCUGAAGACAAAAAUAGCCUGGAAAAUGAUCAAAUCACGAAUGAAACCAAAGAGAGGGAGAAAGACGACUUAAGAACACAAAUUCUAGCUCUUCACGAAAACAAUAACCAACUUUGUGAGGAAGUUAAGUCCCUCACUGACAAGUUAUCUCUACUUGAGUCUCAGAAGGAAACGACGGAAACACAACAUUGUGACAUGAGGGCGAAAGUGAAAACUCUUCAAGACAACAAGAACCAACUUGAUGAGGAGGUUAAGUCUCUCAGUGAUCAAGCAGCCAUACUUCAGUCUCAGAAAGCAAAGCUGGAGGCACAAAAUUGUGACCUCCGGGCACAAGUUAAGUCUCUUAAAGAAAAUGAAGACAUUCUGAUCAAGCGGAAUGAGUCCCUCAAUGAUGAAGUUUCUCAGCUUGAAAUACGGAACGUGAGGACAGAUAAACAAAAUGAAAAUUUGCGGGCUAAAGUAAAGACGAGUAAAGAAAAUGAAAACAGCUUGAGUGAGAAGACGGAGACAUUAAUGGCUGAUUUAUCCCACUUUGAAUUUCAGCGGGACAAGGAUCAAAAAGAGAUUUAUGGUCUGAGAACAGAACUGCAGACACUUCGAAGUCAAUUGCAAGACCAAGAUGAACUAUUAAGGAGGAUAGAUCAUGCUGAAUCUCUCAUGGCAAAGGAGUGGGCCGAGAAUGAAAGGUUGAAAAACAAACUUGGGGAGCUUGAGGACGAGGAUACCUUUGUAAAAAAACAGAAUGACAUUGUUAGAGUAGAGUUAGAUGAACAAAAAUCUCUUCAAGAUCAACAGAGUGAACAGAUUGCACAGCUGAAGUCAACAUUAAAAGAUUAUAAAGUCCAACUUGAAGAAGCAAAAUUUCUACUCUACAAUAAAAAUGAUGAGUUAGGAAAGCAAAACAGAAGAAUAAUAUAUCAAAAUGAAGUCACAGAUGAGCUUAACUCUCUUGUUAGCAGUUUUAAACAAAGAAUACACGAUCUUCAGGCCCAGUUGGAACUCAGUCAGAUGGAUGAAAUAUUAACGGCAAGCGACAGUUGUGGGAGCUUCAUGGAGGCAGUCAAUAAUGAGGAGCAUGUCAGCGAAGACGAAUGGGAGUUGAGCAAUCCAGAGGCGAGAGAUACAACCUCUCAAAUGGAACAUCCUCAACAAAACAAUGACUGUGUAACUGACCAGAAGAGGCUCUUGAAGCACAGCUUGUCUUCAUGCGACUCUCCAAGUCUGAAGAUGGAAACCGAGAACGAAGAAUUGAGAACACAAGUCAAAUAUCUUCAAGAGAAAGAGCUCAGACUAGUUGAGCAGAACAGGUUGCUCACUGAAAAGCGGACUCCUCUUAAAUCAAGGAGUGCAAACGAUGACACAAAUAAUGACGAUUUGACACAAGAAGUUGAAGAUCUUCGUGUGAAGAAUGACAUGCUGACUGAGCAAAAUCAACUGAUCAAAGAAAAGCUGGCUGAAUUUGAAACUUGGAGUCUGAAGAUGGAGACAGAGAAUGGAGAUUUGAAAGAACAAGUUGAAGACCAUAAAGAAAACGAGAAACUUAUAAAGCAGAGGACUGAGACGCUCAUGUCUGAUUUGAACCACUGUGAAUCUCAAAGGGACAAGUAUAAAAAUGAGAAUAACCGUCUGAGGCUCGAAGUACAGACACUCAGGUCUGAAUUGCAGGAAGAGAAUGUCCUAAGGAGGAGGGUAGAUCACGCCGAAUCUCAAAUGCAAAAUAACUUGGCAGAGAAUCACAAGUUGACCGACAAACUGCGUGAGCUUGAGGAAAAAGAUAAGGAGCAUGAUAAUUUUCGAGAUCAGCAAAAACAACACAUUGCACAGCUGACAGCAGCAUUAAAGGAUAAUAAACUCCAAGCUGAAGAGACUGGAUUUAUCCUCUCUAAUAAAGAGAAUGAGUUAGCAAAGCAAAAUAUGGAAAUCAUUUAUCAAAACAGAGUCAUAGAAGAUCUUAAUGCCACCAUAGAAAAUUUAAAACAAAGUGUUUAUGAACUGUAUAACCAACUAGAACUCAAACAGGCUGCAAAUAAGCAAGAAGCUGUUGAAAAAUGCCUCAUGGACACAGCUGAUGCAGUGGAACAAGAGUUGGGCCUGAUGAAGUCUCAUAGACACGGACUUCAUUAUAACUUCAGUAUUUUGAACUGCUGUGCGUUUAUAACAGAUCCAAAGUUUCUGUUAAUAGGACUAAUUUCUAUGGAAGCAGGUCAUCCGGACGCAGGGAUCAACAGUCAAAAGAACAUGACUGAGGUAAAUGAUUUCCAUGAUCACAGGAGAGCACGGUUUAAAAUUUGGACUGUUAAUCUGGAGACUGAAAAUGAAGAAUUGAGGGCCCAAGUUAAAGUCCUUCAAGACAACAAGGCUGUGUUGACUCAACAAAAUGGAUUUCUUGGUGAAAAGCUGGCUCAUUUUGAGUCCUGGAGUAUGAAGAUGGAGACGCAUUUGAGGAUGCAAAUCAAAUAUCUUCAAGAAAACGAGGACAUGCUGAUUAAACAGAAUGAAAACCUCCAUAACGACGUAGAUCAGCUGGAAAGGUGGGGAGUGAUGAUAGAGAAACAAAACCAAAACCUUCAGACACGCGUAAAAGUUUUGGAAGAAAAUGAGAAUCUUGCGAGUGAGAUGACAGAGACCAUCGUUGCUGAUUUAGCACACAGUGAAUCUCAGAGAGAAAAGGAUCAAACUGAAAUGUAUCGGCUGAGAACAAAACUACAGACACUAAGGUGCCAAAUGGAAGAUCAGGGCAAACUAUUAUGGAGGCUCGAUCAUGCUGAGUCUCAAAUGGAGAAAGCCUGGGCAGAGAAUACAAGGCUGAACAACAAACUGAGUGAACUUGUGGGUGAAGAUGUCUUUAUAAAGAAGCAGAAUGAGAUGGUUAUGGAAGAGUUGGGAGAUCAUACAUCUGCCAAAGAUGAACACCAUGAACAGAUAGCACAGCUUAAGGCAGCAGUCAAAGCUAAUCAUCUCCAACUUGAAGAGUCUCAGUCUCUUCUCUCUGACAAAAAUGAGCUGUUAGAGAAGCAAAAGAGAGAAUUAGUUUAUCAACACAAAAUUAUAGAUGAUCUUAACUCUCUUGUUAGCAGUUUGAAACAAACAAUACUUGAUCUUCAGGGCCAGUUGGAACUUAAGAAGAUAGAUGUAAUAUUAACUGCAAGUAGUAAUUGUGGGUCCCUUGAGUAUGAAGAGGACUCUGUCAGUGAAGACAUGUUGGAAUUAAAGUUAUUGGUAACAGAUGAAAGCUCACAAAUGCAUAACGGUGAUGCCUCGAUCGAGCACCCAUCAGCUUCAUGUGAAUCUCCAAGUCUGAAAAUGCAAACAGACAAUGGAGAAUUGGGGACACAAGUUGAUGGUCCUAUGAAAAAUGAACUGUUUCAUCUUGAAUCAUGGAGUCCAAAGUCAGAGGUAACAGAUCAAAGCUCACAAAGGCAAAACGGCGAUGCCGCGAUCGAGCACCCAUCAGCUUUGUGUGAAUCGCCAAGUCUGAAAAUGCAAACAGACAAUGAAGAAUUGGGGACACAAUUUGAUGUUCCUCAGAAAAAUGAGAAACGGUUCCGUCUUGAAUCAUGGAGUGCAAAGUCAGAGGUAAUAGAUGAAAGCUCACAGAGGCAAAACGGUGACGCCUCGAUCGAGCACCCAUCAGGUUUGUGUGAAUCUCCAAGUCUGAAAAUGCAAACAGACAAUGAAGAAUUGGGGAAACAAGUUGAUGGUCCUCAGAAAAAUGAGGAACUGUUCCAUCUUGAAUCAUGGAGUGCAAAGUCAGAGGUAACAGAUGAAAGUUUUCAAAGGCAACAUGUUGAUGCCUCGAUCGAGCACUCAUCAGCUUUGUGUGAAUCUCCAAGUCCGAAAAUGCAAACUGACAAUGAAGAAUUGUGGACACAAGUUGAUGGUCGUCAGAAAAAUGAGGAACUGUUUCAUCUUAAAUCAGGGAGUGCAAAGUCAGAGGUAACAGAUGACAGCUCACAAAGGCAAAACGGUGAUGCCUCGAUCGAGCGCUCAUCAUCUUUUUGCGAAUCUCCAAGUCUGAAAAUGCAAAAAGACAAUGAAGAAUUGUGGACACAAGUUGAUGGUCGUCAGAAAAAUGAGGAACUGUUUCAUCUUAAAUCAGGGAGUGCAAAGUCAGAGGUAACAGAUGACAGCUCACAAAGGCAAAACGGUGAUGCCUUGAUCGAGCGCCCAUCAUCUUUUUGCGAAUCUCCAAGUCUGAAAAUGCAAAAAGACAAAGAAAAAUUGGGGACACAAGUUGAUGGUCUUCAGAAAACUGAGGAACUGUGUCAUCGUGAGUCAUGGAGUGCAAAGUCAGAGAUAACAGAUGAAAGCUUACAAAGGCAAAACGGUGAUGCCUGGAUAGAGCACCCAUCAGCUUUAUGUGAAUCUCCAAGUCUGAAAAUGCAAACAGACAAUGAAGAAUUGGAGACACAAGUUGAUGGUUCUCAGAAAAAUGAACUGUUUCAUCUUGAAUCAUGGAGUGCAAAGUCAGAGUCUGAAAAUGCAAACAGACAAUGA